AUGGUUGACGUCUCGUCGGCCGCCAUUCUCGGCUACUUGGCCCCCGUCUGCAUUGCCUUCUUCGUUUUUGUUGCUUGGAUCUGUGUUGAGGUCCGACGCCGCGAGCGUACCCGUAACCUGCACAGCAACGAUGCCGAGACUGCUCCCAUGGGGUCCAGUCGUGCCGUGAUCUCCAGCCGUGACGUGGAGAGACGCUUCCCCCAGAUGAAGUAUAGCGACUGGCUCAGUUCUAGGACCAGGUGCAUGCCCGCCAAGGAUGCCACCGAGGCGAGGGUUUCUUCCGUCGCGGCUGAUACUACCUCUGUCGAUGCUAUUGAGAUCGCCCCGGUCAACGACGCUCCACGCUCCGAGGAAAUCCCCACUGAUACGCCUCGUCAGGUUCCUGGUUGCGAUGGGCCAGCCCCUACUGCUUUUGACAUCAUGCAGGCUGCCCCGGGUACAGGAGAAGGCUUCGACAUGGCAGAUUCCAGCAGAGAGUGUGUUAUUUGCAUGGAUGAGUUUCGCGGGCCAGACUUCAUUCGUCAUCUGACACAGACUACUGUAACGCAAGGGCCUCACGCACCGGUUGGCUUCGUUCCGGGUCUGGCCCAGCUUUUCCGCAGCCAGUUCUGA